AUGACGUCAGCGCCCGGCGAACGCGAAUCAGGCGGAAACAGAGUUCCGCCCGGCGAUUCUUACGUAGGCGAUUACAGACGACUCAAUUAAUCAAAUUAAGAUCUGUAAAAACCGGAAGAAUCGUAAUUGAACGAAGUAUAGUUUGGUAAAUAAAAAUCAACAAAGUAUCACUAAAUGAAGCGUAAAUUAAAUUGAAAGCAGGAAAACAGAGUUCCGGCGUCGCGACGGCGAUGCGUCGGCAAUGCACCGGAAUCCUGAGCGUUUGGGAGGAUCGUCGUGCAGUGUCCACGGCCUCGAAGGCUCUCCUUGGACAAAGACGACGUGGACAAUCUCUAGAUAAAGCAGGAAAACAGAGUUCCGACGUCGCGACGGCGAUGCGUCGGCGAUGCACCGGAAUCCUGAGUGUUUGGGAGGGUCGUCGUGCAGUGUCCACAGCCUCGAAGGCUCUCCUUGGACAAAGACGACGUGGGCAAUCUCUAGAUCUUCUCGCGAAGUCUAGAGAUCAAUGAAGUAGGUCGUCGAAUCGUCUCCAGCGGCUGUCACCCGGCGGAGCGGAAAAACGGCGACUUUGCGGCUCUCCGGCGGCUGUCACCCGACGGAGAGGAGCUGGAUGGAGGUGGGGCGUGUGUUAGGGAGCUUCAUCCUCAGGUCCACGCAGCAAGAGGAGGCUCUUCAUCGCAUCUGGUACGCUCUCAGGAGGUGGCGACUGGUCUCCCGGCAGAUCGUCCUCUUUCCGACGACGGCUUGUUCGUCGAUCAAUCGGAGAUGAUUUACUCGAUGGAUUGCGAUCCUUUUAUCGCGAAUCGUUCAGAAAUUUUAGUAGCAAUGCUCCGCGAAUCGUGUUGACGAGAUUUUCGCCGAUGAUCCAGCGAUUCCGGUUGCUUAAUCCUUCACCGGCGAUCUACAGGAAAGUCGCGAUAAUCAGUUAAAAAUAUAUGAAUUUUGACUCUGGGAGGAUUCGAACCCGCGGCGGUCGCCCGCCCCUUACAAGGUGGAUUUAGUCCCACAUCGGUUGUGCGCGGAUUAUUCGGGCGAAUAUAUAGUAAAGUUAGCUUUCUAGGCAAAGUCCUCUCGCGUGUACGACCACUCCUUGCCCCACAGCCGGCUGACCACCGGUGACGUGGAAGGGGAGUGCGCACACGUGCCCCUAUCGAUCCAAGCAAGCCGCUCCAGCCCCUGCUCGCGACUACUCCCCGACUGCGCUUCCGACCCGCUUGCGGGCCCGGCUGGCCGGCGGAUCCUCUCAUUUUGCAAUAUUUUUAUUUUUAUUUCUUGUUCUUCGUUUAUCUCAAAACUAAGACUGUAAAAAUCGUAUAAAAUCACAUAAUUACCCAAAAAUUCACGUUAAUCAACUGAAAACCACUUUUCAUGCUUUAACACAAAUAUAAGUCUAUUUAUCAUGAGUUAAGGCUAAAACUAUAUUAUUUACUAAUUAUUAACUCAUGAUAAUGAAGACUUAUCAAUUAUCAUGACUUUCCUGCAGAUUGCCGGUGAAGGAUUAGGUAACCAGAAUCAUUGGAUCAUUGACAAAAAUCUCAUCAAUGCGAUUCGCAAAGUAUUAUUACUAAAAUUGUCGAAGGAUUCACGAUAAAAAGAUCGCGAAUCCAUCAAGUAAAUCAUCUCCGAUUGAUUGACAAACAAGUCGUCAUCAAGAAGAGGAUGAUCUAUCGAGAGACGAGUCACCACCUCUUGAGAGCAUACCAGAUGCGAUGAAGACCCUCCUCUUGCUGUGCAGACCUGAGGAUGAAACUCCUUGACAUGCACCCCACCUCCAUUCAACUGCUCUCUCUCGGGUGACAGCCACCGGAGAGCCGCAAAGUCACUGUUUUUCUACUCUGCCGGGUGACAAUUGCCAGAGACAAUUCGACAACCCAUUUCAUUAAUCUCUAGACUUCACAAGGAGAUCUAGAGAUUGUCCAUGUCGUCUUUGUCAAAGGAGAGCCUUCAAGGCUGUGGACACUACACGACAAUUGACAUGACUUAGUCAUUGUAUAUUAAAUCACACAAAUCUAAAAUUUAUAAAACUAGAAAAUAUGAAUUUUUGGAUAUUUAGAAGUAUUUGUAAAUAAAUAUAUAAAUUAUAAUUUCAUCAAAUUUCCAAAAAUAGUGGUAAUUUUUUACGUCGAUCACAAGGAUGUAAUAUAAUAUCUGGUAAUUAUUCAGAUUUUUUCUCAAUGAAUACGAUUUUCUAUGAAUUUAUACUAGGAAAUAAAAAGGAAAUAUAUUUAAAAUUCACGAAAAAAGAAAAUAAAGGUGCAGACGUCAAGACGAUGUCAGCACCCCACGAAUGUGAAUCGGACGGAAAUAGAGUUCUGCCCAAUGAUUCUUACGUAAGUGAUUACAGACGAUUUAAUUAAUCAAAUUAAGAUUUGUAAAAGUCAGAAGAAUUGUAAUUGAACGAAGUAACUUUUGGUAAAUUAAAAUCACACAAAUUAUCACUAAAUGAAGUGUAAAGUAAGUUGAAAGUAAGAAAACAUAGUUUUGGCAUUGCAACGGCGAUACAUCGGUGAUGCAUUGGAAUCUUGAGCAUUCAGGAGGAUCGUCGUGUAGUGUCCAUGGCCUUGAAGGCUCUCCUUAGACAAAGACGACAUAGGCAAUCUCUAGAUCUACUCGAGAAGUCUAGAGAUUAAUGAAAUGGGUCGUUGAGUCAUCUCUACUGGCUGUCACCUGGCAGAGCGGAAAAACGGCGACUUUGCGGCUCUUUGGCAGCUGUCACUUGAGGGAGAGGAGCUAGAUGGAGGUGGGGCGUGUGUCAAGGAGGUUCAUCCUUAGGUCCGCGCAGCAAGAGGAGGCUCUUCAUCGCAUCUGGUACGCUCUCAAGAGGUGGCAACUCGUCUCUCGACGGAUCGUCCUCCUCUCGACGACGGCUUAUUCGUCGAUCAAUCGGAGAUGAUUUACUUGAUAGAUUCACAAUCUUUUUAUCGCGAAUCGUUCAGCAAUUGUAGUAACAAUGCUCUACAAAUCACGUUAACUAGAUUUUCGCCAAUGAUCCAGCGAUUCUCGUUGCUUAAUCCUUUGCUAGCAAUCUAUAGGAAUGUCAUAAUAAUCAGAUAAAAAUAUAUGACUUUUGACUCUAGGAGGAUUCAAACCCGCACUAGUUGCCCCGCCCCUUUAGAGGAAGGUGUGAAGGGGGUUUAGUCUCAUAUUAGUUGUGCAUUGAUUUUUCGAGCGAAUAUAUACUAAUGUUAGAUUUCUAAGCAAAGCUUCUUCUCUCACAUGUACAACCACUCCAUGCCCCAUAGCCGAGUGGCCACUAGUGAUGUAAAAGGGGAAUGGCGCACACGUGCCCCUAUCAGUUCCAAGCCGCUCAAGCCCCUACUUGCGGCUACUCGAUUGAGCUUCUGACUUGCUUGCAGGCCUGACUGGCCGGUGGGUCCCCCUUGUUUUGUCUUCUUUUUAUUUUUUAUUUCUUUUUCUUCAUUUAUUGCAAAAGCAAAAUUGUAAAAAUCAUAUAAGUUUGUGUAAAAUCACAUAAUUACCCAAAAAUUUACAUUAAUCAACUUAAAACUACUUUUUACACUUUAACAUAAAUAUAAGUCUAUUUAUCAUAAUUUAAGGCUAAAACUAUAUUCUUUACUAAUUAUUAACUCAUGAUAAUGAAGACUUAUCAGGUUACCACCUAACCUCAGUCCCUUGAGGACGCUCACUGAGCUUCCAUACCACUAGUAGACUGAAUUACCUCGAUCAUGAUCAUCGUUGAGGGAAUCUUUGUCAUCGCGACGCAUCAUUUCACAACGAUGGCCACGAUCAAUUGGGUGGUUGUUGGCCAUAGGAUACUUAUGAUUGCCGUGAGCUGGUUGAUAAGUCUUCAUUAUCAUGAGUUAAUAAUCAGUAAAUAAUAUAGUUUUAGCCUUAACUCAUGAUAAAUAGACUUAUAUUUGUGUUAAAGCAUGAAAAGUGGUUUUCAGUUGAUUAACGUGAAUUUUUGGGUAAUUAUGUGAUUUUAUACGAUUUUUACAGUCUUAGUUUUGAGAUAAAUGAAGAACAAGAAAUAAAAAUAAAAAUAUUGCAAAAUGGGGGAACCCGCCGGCCAGCCGGGCCCGCAUGCGGGUCGGAAGCGCAGUCGGGGAGUAG